CCGGUUAUAACCCAGCAGUUGCCUGUGAAACUCCCCAGGCGUUACACCUUCAUAGCUUUCUUAUUCGAACUCUCACCUCUACACGUUUCCUUAAAUUUUCUCAUUCGCGUUCAUUGUUACAAUCCGUCGGUGCUCCGACAUUUGACUAACCAUUUUUCAUCGUUUUUGUUUAGAAGGGAGAGAAAGCUAAAAAAGGGAUUGAACAUGCGGGAGAUUGUACAUGUACAGACAGGCCAAUGUGGUAACCAAAUUGGUUGCAAAUUUUGGGAAGUGAUCUCAGUGGAACAUGGCAUCGAUGCAGAUGGAUGCUACAAGGGGCCUGAUAAAGGUACCCAACUCGAUCGCAUCACCGUUUAUUACGACCAGGCAGCAAGAGGACAUUAUGUUCCACGCUCGGUACUUGUGGAUUUGGAACCGGGAACGAUGGACGCAGCCAAGUCUGGACCUUACGGUCGUCUGUUCAGACCAGACAAUUAUGUGUUUGGUCAAAGUGGAGCUGGAAACAACUGGGCCAAGGGACACUACACCGAAGGUGCAGAAUUGGUUGAUUCCGUUCUCGACGUGAUCAGAAAGGAAUCAGAGCAUUGUGACUGUCUACAAGGCUUUCAAUUGUGUCACUCGUUAGGGGGGGGUACUGGUUCUGGAAUGGGUACAUUGUUGAUGUCAAAAAUAAAGGAGGAAUUUCCAGACAGGAUUAUGACGUCUUUUAGUGUUGGUCCAAGCCCCAAAGUCUCAGAUACUGUAGUGGAGCCAUACAAUGCAACGCUCUCAGUACAUCAACUAAUCGAGUUAACCGAUAACACAGUCUGCAUUGACAACGAGGCUCUUUACAAUAUUUGCUUCAGGACCCUGAAGCUUCCCAAUCCAUCCUACAAGGAUUUAAAUCAUCUAGUGUGCCUCACGAUGUCUGGUGUGACGACAAGUUUAAGAUUUCCCGGUCAACUGAAUGCAGACCUGCGUAAGUUGUCAGUAAACAUGGUGCCUUUUCCCCGUCUUCACUUCUUUGUGCCGGGUUUUGCACCCCUCACAGCCAGUUCCAGUCAGAGUUAUCGUGCAAUCUCAGUGGGCGAACUCACUCAACAAAUGUUCGACUCCAAGAACAUGAUGACAGACUGCAAUCCCAAUCAUGGCAAGUACUUAACAGUAGCCGCCAUUUUCAGAGGGAAAUUGUCUAUGAAGGAGGUGGACGAGCACAUGCUCAAUGUCCAGAAUAAAAACUCUGCUAAAUUUGUGGAAUGGAUUCCCCAAAAUAUCAAAACAGCUGUCUGCGAUAUUCCACCCACUGGGAUGUUGAUGUCAGGUACUUUUCUGGGGAACACAACUUCGAUUCAAGAUCUGUUCAAAAGGAUUUCCGAGCAAUUCAACGCCAUGUUUCGUCGCAGGGCUUUCCUCCAUUGGUAUACUGGAGAAGGAAUGGAUGAGAUGGAAUUUACUGAGGCUGAGUCGAAUAUGUCUGAUCUGGUAUCUGAAUAUCAGCAGUAUCAAGAGGCUGACAUUGAUGAGGAAGUCUUUGUUCACGGAGACGGGGAUGAAGACGACCAAUACUCGGAGUAAACAUUCCACGUAUCGUAUUAAAUCUAUUUAUUGGGGGUAAUUUCUUUUGGUCCAGGUGAUGGAUUGGCGAGAAAAUUAUCACUGCGGCAGUUAAGUGGCAAAACGUGAUGAGUAAUUGUUCUUCUUAUGAAAUUAUCAGUUGGAAUACCCCGGCACCUUCAAAAUUAUUGGAUAUUUCCCGAAAGCUUCGUUAUAAACAAAUGAACAGCACGAGGGAUUUUUCUGCAAAACUUGACACACUGUUUUUUUUUGCGGGAAGCUUGAGGGAAAUAUCCGAUGAAUUUUGAAGGUCAAACGGUAUUCGGAGGACAAUUUCUUCAAUUCUCAUUUUGGCCGAUCAGCGUGCGGUGCGGUGUCUUCUGUCAGGUGCGGUGCUCGAGGUUACGGGACAUAUUUCACCAAAAUAUGAGGAAUAUCUGUCAAAUUUGUAGAAAUCAAUUGACAGGCUACAGAGAAAUGAUCAGUCUGAUAACACGGUUCGAUAAAAAAACCCUUGGUAUUUGCCCGCAGGAUGGAAUCAAGUGCACUUUAUAGAUUUUGAUAUGUAGAUUCAGGAUCUGGCCUUGUUUUGUCUCUAACACGUCUAGUUUUUGAAAAAAUAAAUAUUUAAGUCGCUGAAAUGACCGAAAAUGCACGUCUUUGACAUUUAAUAAUCUGGUGAUCAGGAAAACUUAUAAUCCAGCAAAAAUUGAGAAAAAAAUACAAAAUUUAAUGAACAAACUGGUGUCUCGGGAUUUUCAUUUGAAUGGAUGGAAACGGAAUUAAAAAAAUGUAAUGAAAAUGAAUUUUCGGUACUUGUUAGGGUUAUUGAGUGUUAUUUGUUUUGUUCGAUGUAGUUAUCUAAUGUCAUAAUAAAUUAGGUUUAAAAAUACUUGCUCAUGGAACCAAUACAAAUAUUGCAGAAUAUUAGAUUAGGUUUUCAUCCCCCUAGUCAAAAAUACAGGAGCGUUUCAAUUAUAAAAUAAAUAAGUUUUAUUUAAUUUCAGAAAAGAUUGAACGUUAAGUAACAUGAAAAUCAAAUUCAUUGCAAUUGGAGAGAAAGUACAUAAGAGAUUUUUAUUCGUCAAUCACUUUGGAUCGCCAGGGUGAAGUUGAAUGAAAUUUUCUCCAUUUCCAAGCGCUCUACAUGAGCUGUAUUUUUGACUAGGGGGAUGAAAACCUAAUCUAAUAUUCUGCAAUAUUUGUAUUGAUUCCAGGAGCAAGUAUAUAACCUAAUUCAUUAUGACAUUCCAUAACUACAUCGUACAAAAUAAAAAACACUCAAUAACCCUAAAAAGUACCGAAAAUUCAUUUUCAUUACUUUUUCUUAUUCCGUUUCCAUCCAUUCAAAUGAAAAUCCCGAAACACCAAUUUGUUCAUUAGAUUUUGUAUUUUUUUCUCAAUUUUUGCUGGAUUAUAACUUUUCCUGAUCACCAGAUUAUUAAAUGUUAAAAAUGUGCAUUUUCGGCCAUUUCGAAAACUUAAAUAUUUAUUUUUUCAAAAACUAGACGUGUUAGAGACAAAACAAGGCCAGAUCCUGAAUCUACGUAUCAAAAUUUAUAAAGUGCAGUUGAUUCCAUCCUGCGGGCAAAUACCAAGGGUUUUUUUUGUCGAAUCGUAUAAUUUCUCUACAGCCGGGGAAAUUAUCAGUGUGAAACGUGUCACGUGUCCCCGAAUACCGCACUCUGAUUGGCCGAAAUCAGAAUUGAGGAAAUUGUCUGAAUUAUUUUUUAAAUUUUUAUUUCGACUAAUCAGAGUCCUGUAUCCAGGGUCACGUAACACGCUUCAUACUGAUAAUUUUCAUGUAGUUUAUCAAUUGUUUUCUAGGAAUUAGGUAAAUAUUUCUCACAUUCUCGUGGAAUAUGUUACGUUAUCCCGAAUUACAGUAAUCGUCCAAAAUCAGAAUGUAAGUAAUAAUCCUCCGAAUACUUCUCGACCUUCGAAACUCAUCGGAUAUUUCCCUCAACUAUUCCUGCAUAUCAACAAUUGAGAUAAGUUUUAUAACAAAACUUUUCGCGCUUCACGCUGGGGAUUUUAAUUUGCAAAACAGAUUCUUCUUGCUGAUGUACAACGAAGUGAUUUGGAAAUGUCAGAUAAUUUUCUAGAUCUUAGCGUAUCACGUAUAAAAAAAUCUUAUAGAAUUUCCUAUAGAAUUUCGUAUAGGAUAUCCUACAGGAUUUCCUAUAGGAA